GCCAGGCUGGUGUAGCGCAGUGGAGGCCAUAUUGGUAUACAUGUAGUCGGCUUACACUUUCAUGGAGUGUCUGUCGUUUUGGGAGUGUUAAAACAUCUUCUCGGGGUUCGUGCGUGGGUGCCAUAACACCGGCGACUCUGCCAAGCGUUGACGGGGAAUCGUCUCUGUUCGGUUGUGGUCAAAAUGAGUCCAACCGAUGCUAAACGAGGGGCUAAACGCAGGAAGAACAAGCGGGGCGGUGGCAGCGGCUGCGGCGCUGUCUGCACUAGCGGAGGCAAGGCCGGCGCUACCUUGGCUGCUUCAACACCAUCUGUGGUCAACUUCUUAGCACCGGGGAGCCCUGGCAACGGGACUUUGGGCUCAAUGUCCUGCGUGAACGGAGAGGCCAACAGUGUAACCCCUCAGUUCACCGAAGGACCAGUGAAUGCCGACUUCUCUGGAGUCCUUCAGACCCCGUUUACAUUCGGCUUGAACCAGCGGGCGCCAUACACAGCUGGCGAUCGCUGCCUUCUUUGUCGCUGUGAGCGUAAGGACGGUGCUCUGCCUCCGGAAGACAGCGUCCUGGGACAGAACAGCAUGGCACAGCCAAGCAAGACUCCCAGCUCCAUCCAGCUGCCUCUGUGGGUGUGCACAGACUGCAGGCGCACAGUGGAGAAGGAAGACCGGAACACUGCUCUCGAGCAGUCAUUGGGAAACCAAGACUUUUUUCUCCACAUGCCCAUGAGUAACGGCAACCAGGGUGAGGACACGGCCGCCGGGGACAGAUUCACCACGGCAGCACCAACAUUACCAAUCCCACCUGCACCAGAACUCGCCACAUCAUUGCCCACUGACACAGUGUGCACUUGUGACGCCUGCAAUGAAAGGCGAGAGCUCACUGCCGAAACCGAACGGGAAUCACAGCAGCUGCAGUACCACUGGUCAGAGGUCCGCUAUCUUGUACGCUGCAUCUACCGUCAGUCAGGAACGUCACUGGCGGACAUCCAUGACCAGCCGCAGGAGUUGGACAAGGAUGGGGUGAAGGAGCUUGUUGACCGACUCUGUGAGAAGGACCCAUAUCAGCUGUACCAGCGGUUGGAGCAACAAGCCCGCGAAUACGUAUUGGAAAUGAAGGUGCGACUGCUGAGGCAUCUGUCCACGGGUCCAAAGACAACGGGCCUGGCAGGGACUGUGGCUGCAGCCCACGGCCCUCCUCAAGCCCACCAGUUCAUCUCGCUUCUGCUGGAGGAGUACAACGCCCUCUGUCAGGCCGCACGCACCAUCAGCAGCUUCCUGAUCACCCUGGAGAAGGAGCAUCUCCAGAAAUUCCAGGUGACAUGGGAGCUACACAACAAGCACCUUUUUGAGAAUCUGGUGUUCUCUGAACCGAUCUUGCACAGCAGUUUACCUGCACUGGUUGCACAGCUAAAGCACGGCACCUCCUCACUUGACUCCUACAAUGAGGAUCUCUACAGGACCUUGUUAGACACUUUCCAGCAGCUGCAGCAGGAGAUGCAUUCUGUUGCCACACAAUGGCAGGAGUGUGAAAAGCGCAUUGACGAUUAUGUCGAUGAACAGCUGCUCUUCAAGGUGGAUAGUCAGGGUGUGUCAAACCAAAGAAUCGAGCCACACACGUCGUUGAUUAGCAAAACUACAUUGAAGUCGAAGCAAAGGAUGCUGAAGGAGGACUGGGAGUUCUUCAAACAACGAAGAUACAUCGAAGAGCAGGUUCAACCACACGCAAAAAAGAUGCCCUGCGGUGACGGCAAUUUCUCCGACACAAUGAGAAUGCUUUCAUCUCGUCUUAAUAUUCCAGACUGUCCGAACUGCAACUAUCGACGAAGGUGCACAUGUGACGACUGCAGUCUCUCACACAUCCUGACCUGCGGCAUCAUGGACUCCCACAUUACCGAGGAACUCCACAUCAAAUUGCCGCUUCCAGAGGAACCCUCCCAGGAAUACCUUUCGCAAGUCCACCCUCCCAGCCUCUCCUCUGGAAGCUCAGCAUCCGGCUCCAACUCCAGCUCUCCCAUCACCAUUCAACAGAACCCGAGGCUCAUUCUGCCCGAGGGGGAUACAAACACAUUACCCUGGAUGCUUUGCAGCAUCAGCGACGACGAUGAAGUGCCUCCGUUGUCCAAUAAGUUUGGAGACAUGUACCCUGUAACUCCGGGUUAUGAGGACAACAAUCUCGUGAAUGGUCUCCACAGCGACAUGAACGGGAAAAGCGAUAAGGCGGCACUGAAGUCUGGGUCGUCACACAUGAGCAGCAGCAGUUCAUCAGCUGGUGAUGAGGAUGAAACUGAAGUUGCUGGCAACCAUCAGGGCCAGCGGGAGGAGCCUUCGUCAAAGAAGAGCAACACUCCUCCGCCUUCUUACAACCACCACCAGCAGGUGGAGCAACUCCAACACGCCUGCGAGUGCCACGUGUGCAGCCAGGAAACCUGCACCCCCUCCCUGGGCUCGAACACAUGCCUGCUCCCCAAUCACCUCCAUGCUGGCUCUUCCCCUCCAUUGGGACACCAGUUCUUCACCGAUAGCAAGACUCCAACGAGCCCACCGGCCCACCAUCUCUACCCUCACAUACAUGGCCACUUGCCCCUUCAGAACUUUUCUCGUCCUCUAUUACAUCCCACACUCUACCCUCCCAGUCCUCCUCUAAAACACAAGCCUCUACCCCGUAACUCCACAUCCAACCACUCGGUGGCCAAGCAGCCAGCGUUCAGCCCAUCACUACCGGACCACUACCAGAACUGCUUUGGCAACACGGGUGCAGCCGGCGACUGGAACAGCUCGCUGCAGUGCUUCUCGCUUAAGUUUGAGAACUUGUGCGACACUGCCGCGAUGAAGCCGUGGAACCCUUCGGUGCUGCUGCCAGAGUCGUUACCAGGCAACAUGCUUGGACCUUCCCUCGCCGACGUUCCAUUAGCCCCGACGUCCAUGAACCCUUUAGGCGAACAUCCCUCUCUUCCCACUCCUGUCCCACCUUCCUGUACGUCUUCGUCAUUGUCGUCAUCUUCAUCGUCAUCGUCAUGUUGCUCUUCGGAAGCCAAAGAGCAGAAGAAGAGUGGCGCCAAGAAGAAAUGUCUAUACAAUUUCCAGGAUGCCUUUAUGGAGCCAAAUCAAGCUUUGAUGGCAACUUCUGCGCCUAUGUCUUCGUCCUGCGGCGCCGCCACUGUACAGUCAAGUGACGUGUUCCACAAUCUUAGCAAAGAAGACCACCGGCACAUCAGCCCUGACACAACCAGGAGCGGCUCCACCGUUCUGGCCGGGCUCUCUCCGUUCUCUGUCCCUUCCCUCCCAACUGCUCCCAGUCCUCACCUCUCCACAAUGGGGUCGAAGCCCUUCCCUAAGAUGGCUGCUCCAGCUCCAGAGUUUGCAGACGCCCACCAGGGUCUGUGUCUUACGCCUGCAGACCCCCAGGUCCCGUCAGCAGAUGUCCCCAUUAGUGCACCACCAAGUGUCUGCAGCGAUCCGGACUGUGAAGGCCAUCGCUGCGAAGGGAGCGGCGUAUACGAUCACCAGCCGUACGACGGAGAGGAGAGUCCGGAUGAUGACAGCUGCUCGGAGCACAGCUCCUCCACCUCCACGUCCACCAAUCAGAAGGAAGGAAAGUACUGUGAUUGCUGCUACUGUGAGUUCUUUGGACACGGAGGGCCUCCCGCUGCUCCCACAAGCCGAAACUAUGCAGAGAUGCGCGAGAAGUUGCGCCUGCGUUUAACCAAGCGUAAGGAGGAGCAGCCAAAACGCGAGGAGCAGCAGCCCGUGGUGGAGCGGGACGGCGGUGGUGUGGAGGACCAUCGGCGGGUGGAGGACCUGCUGCAGUUCAUCAACAGUGCAGAUAGCAAACCCGCACAGAGUUCCAAAGCAGCCAAACGGGCGCGGCAUAAACAGAAGAAGAUGGAGGAAAGGGCCCGUUUAGAAGCCGAGGCUCGUUUGAGGGAGGAGCAGCAGCUGUUGGAAGAGCAGCAGCGGCGGCUGAGACACGAGGAGGAAGAAGCCGCGCUGCAGAAAGAGCUUCUCCGGUUGCAGGAGCUGCAGCAGCACCGCGCCGCCAAGAAGAAAAAGCGGGAAAAGGCGAAGGAAAACACGGCUCCCCCUCAGAACAACCCGCAGCCUCUGAAGCAGACGGCCCAGAACGUCCUAGAUAACCUUCAUAACGGGAAGUCACAGCUGCUACAGAACCUCAUUUGCCCUCCGGAGCAGAGGGCUGCCAAGUUUGAGACAAUAGCCCGUCCCAUUACACGGAACACCCCAAAAUGCACCGUUGAGAAGACACUGUCCACCGAAGACCACGUCCCCGGCUCUUCUCCUCAGCUGGAAGUCGGCAGUAAAACGAAGGCCAAGCAUUCGGCGAAAACAUGCGAGGCUGCUGUGAGGAAGGAGCAGGAGUCUCUCAAGGCUCCUGAAAUCCCAACAAAGCUGCCCAAUGGGGUCUCCGGUGCCAGCAUGGACUCCAAAACCUUGCGGAGCCGACCCACUGAGGCUUUGGCUCCUCUGCCUGAACCCAGGAGAGAGGACAGGAACAACAACAGAAGUGCCAGUGGAAAAAGGCAGCAGCAACCUUUGACCCAAAUCAAGGAGGACAGGAGAAGCCCACCUGUGUCCAACCCCUCCCCGUCUCCCCCUCCCAUGUCCGACCAGCCGGAGCAGAACGGCAAACCUCCCAGUGCUGAGUCCCCCCAGCCGAAGGGCAAAAACAAGAAGAACAAGAAGAAGAAGGGGGACAAGUUGAACAACUCCAUAGAUGAUGUUUUCCUGCCUAAAGACAUCGACCUGGACAGCACUGAGAUGGACGAGACCGAGCGGGAAGUGGAGUAUUUCAAAAGGUUUUGCCAGGACUCGGCCCGGCAGACUCGACAGCGACUCACCAUCAACUGGUCAAACUUUAGCCUGAAGAAAGCGACGUUCGCCGCACACUGAAGUCGUCGGCGGUUGCCAACACAAACCCGAUCCGCACCGUCACCCGUCAUCCUUGCUGAACUUCUCUCUCCUGCUGUGCCCGAAUCACACCCGCUGCCUUGCUUCGUUCCCAUCACUGUGUGGCCCCCGUCCCACGCAGUCCAGACAGGACAUCUUGCAGAACUUGAACCAGAAUUCUGAAACGCUACUGUAGUUCUGAUUACUUUUCCACGCGUGCUUGUGUGAUUUUUAGAGUCUGAUUUGGGCAUUUCUCUUGACUGAAGCAGAAGUUAUGGUCUGAAAUUAUUUUCCUGUAUCGGCUUAUGUGUAAGUCAAGAUACUUGUGUAUGAAUGGUUUUCGUCCAAGAAAACAAAAAUAUUAUUGAAAUGGUAAAAAAAAGAAUAAUUAAUUAUGAUUAAAAGCUGUAUUUAUGAUAUUGUGGCUUACUAUCCAGUUGUCUUCUCUCCUCUUCCACCAAUCUUAACCGCUGGCUUGACCAACCGUGCUCCGCUCAAACCUUGCUGCACUCAAAAUCACACAACGUCCACAGGAAAAUACUUGAUGUUUUUUUUUGUUUUUCAUAGGUUUUGUUUGAUUUUUUUUUUUUUUUUUUUUUGUUUCCUUUUUGACCAGUAGCCAGCUUGUAUUAGAGGUCAAUCCAAACAAUCGAUCCUGACACAGUCGGUCUGACAGAGUGUGUAUUGUAUUAACACUGAGGCCUAACUGGCUACUUUUAACAUAUUGUUAAGUAAAUAUUAAACAUUGUCUUUCUUUUUGAAAGAUGGAAUACAGUAGUAUGGCAA